CUUCAUAUCUUCUAGUAGGUAGACCGUCUAAACAAGUAGCUUCCACGCUGUGGUUUCAAUAUAAAUAUGAGUGAAAUGGUUCCCAGACGACCUCCAAGCAGACAGGACACGCCAUUGCCUGUUGUUUGGUAUGAAUUCUUGCUAAAUCCAAAUUUGCUGCAACAGCAUCUCUCGAAAGAUGACCCAGAUCCAAAUGCUGUUCAGCUUAUGGCUCACUUCCUGGGCAAUGUAUGCUUACAACAAUCCGCACAGCAAUUGCCACCUCCCGUCUUAGGAGGGCAGAACACAGAGUUUAACUUUGGUAACGGUAUUGCUGCUGUACAGAACAAUGUUACAACAAAUGGUGUUGAGAAGAAAAGAACCAAGAUGUUGAAAAGCCUGGCUUUGCAGACAGCGGCUCAUCUUGACUGGAAUCUGAACACCAUACAAAACAACUUACCUAUGCAUCUAGGUCAUGGGUUAUUGAAAGAUUUCUUGAAGUGCACCGAGGCACCUAUUGAUGUGCCUUUAGAAAGUCUGGAUAUCUCAGAUAUGUAUGAUCCUCCAGCAUUAGCAUUGAUCACAUACCACAGAUGGUGUAUUAGGUUACUGGUGUCUGAAAGUUUUCCUGCAAAACCAACCAAACCAAGCACUUUACAAGGAUUGGGGUAUAUAAUUGACUCUCUGGAAAACUCUGUACUUCUUCUGGAGAGUAUUCUCAACAUAGAGAGAACAAUAGCACUGCCAUCCCACGUUAAAAUACAACAAUUAGCUAAUGUAUCUAUUGACGCACAAACCGAGCCAAUGGAGAAGGAGCUUGAAGAACUGAUCGUGAAUAGCGUGGAACUUCACUGCCAAAUUGCCUACGAUCUGGGCUCAUUGUAUUUUCCAUCAUAA